AUGGUGCAUAAACAUGCGAUCGAAGCACUUGAUAGGACGUUGAGGGAUCUGAUGAGUAAGCCGACAGACAUAUUCGGAGGAAAUACUGUAGUGUUUGGUGGAGAUUUUAGGCAGAUAAUACCUGUCAUUCCCAAAGGAACUAGGGAAAUUAUUGUUGACGCAACGAUUAAUAGGUCUGACCUUUGGAAUCAUUUCAGAAUCUUCAACCUCACUGAGAUUAUGCGAUCAACUUCCGGAGUAUCGCCUGAAACAAAAGAAAGAGAAGAAUUCAGUAAAUGGGUACUAGAUCUUGGGAAUGGAAAUCUACCAGAAAUUUCACUUACCGAUAUGGAAGCGCCAUCUUGGAUCAAAAUACCAGAUGAGUACUUGAUCGCCCCGGAUGAGGACUGCGUGAAAUGGAUUAUGUCUGUCAUAUAUCCUAGCGUAUUAGACAGAUAUGGGGAUACAAAAUACUUAAGUGAAAGAUAUGUAAUUCAGGAUGCAGAGACCUUAGGAUCAAUGGAAGGGGAAACUUGA